GAUGCAAUUGUUUGAAACGCGAUGAUGACAUCUUUGGAAAGGGCGAAAUCGUUAUGAGACCCUGGCAAUUAUUGAAUGUUUGAUUUUCGCGUCCGCCGCAUACACAUCUGGGCUGUGAAACACGUUGUUGUGUUUGUAUUAAUUCAAGCUAAACAAGCUGUUAGUAAAUAAGAAUGGGACGUCGCAGAUCAAAGCGCAAGCCACCUCCAAAAGCCAAGAAUCUUGGGCUCGUCAAUCAGUUUACAUGUCCCUUUUGUAAUCACGAAAAAGCAUGUGAAGUUAAAAUGGACCGACAGCGAAACAUAGGGAUCAUAACAUGUAGAGUUUGCGCAGAGGAUUUCCAGACCAGUAUAAAUUAUUUGUCAGAAUCAGUUGAUGUCUACAGCGACUGGAUUGAUGCUUGUGAAACCGCCAAUGCCUAGCAUAGGACACAGUGCCAACGUACUGCAUGCUUGUAUACGAUUGGCACCUUGUACAGUAUUAAGUGAAGAGAGUGAACUUAUUUUUGUCAUCUGAUUUCAUGAUGCAAAAGAGAGGAAUGUACUUAUGACCAUGUAAAAAUUAUGUAAAAUGCCUUAAAUUCCUUUUUGACUGGUCAUCUUCAAUAAAGCCAAUUGUAGCUUUAUUCGUCCAGAGUAUAUUCCAUACAUUACAUUGCAUGGCUCACCUAAAUCCAGGAUUUUGAUUGGGUGUUUACGGACCACCUAAUGUAUUGUUUAUAGUGCUCUACAUGUUCAAAUUUUUUUCUCAAGACAACCUUUGUUUGAAUUCCAGGAAAAGUAUGGUAUAAACUGUAUUUAGUUAAUUUUUUCUUUCUCAAUUUUUUUUUUCAUGAGCAUUUAUAUGUACAUUUUGCGAUGGAAUUUUUGUAUUGAGUUCAGGCCUGCUAGAAUUCUUACUGAUUGCACUAUCAAUAUCAUUUAUUGUUUAUGGAAAGCAGUUUAAAGAGCAACAUUUAAUCACUGUAUUCCUUAUGUUGAUAAUUUAUUUACUUUAAUGCCUUUGAACAGAUAUUACCUAUCAUUGCAUUUACUAAGGAAAAAAUUUAUGGGUUUCCUGUUUCAAAAUGCAAGGGAAUAAUGAUAAAUUAGAUAAUUAAUUUAAUUAAUUUCAAAGUACUGUAUUCCUUUAAAAGGAUCCUUCUUAUUUAUCUGAAGAUUGUCACUUUGAGAUUUGUAAUAGAAAUUCUGGUUCUUCAACCAUUAAAAAUAUGUUAGUUUGUAGAUACCAACUAUCAGGGGGAGGGUUAUGUGUUUGUGAAAAAAAGUACAAGUUAAGAGUGAUUUCAGAAUAAAAGAUGUAGAUAAUGUA